CUGGGACUGGGGAAGGUCAGUGAUCAUGCUUCUUAUUGAAGAAAAAUAUAGAUCGGUUGCCCAGGUGUUACUCUCCUCUGGUACCUGCUCACGUUGUGUCUUACGCUUCUGCUGUGUCGGGUCUCCAGCCACUUACAGGCUUCCCUACCAGGAGGUAACUUAUGAGCUGCAGAAGUAUCUCUCACACGGUGAUCCAGCUGAAGAGAAUGAUACUCCACCUAGCAAGAAAGCCAAGAUUGAAGAAGAUACCUCCUCCAAUGAACAUUUGGGAAACUGUGAGGAUGUUAAUGGUUCUCAGGUUGUGAGAAUCUGCCCUUUGUGCUUAGGAAUACUUCAACAGUUCUGUGAACCAGAGUUUAUUGAAAAGGUAUUUGUGAAAAUAAAUUCCGCAGUCUAUGAAUUGAAAGAUUUUGUUUUAUCCAUCUCAUUACCUGCGCAGCUUUCUGUCCGAGAGCAUUCGGCGUGGCUUCAAGCAAAACAGGAAAUGGGAAAACAUGGACAUUCCCUGGAUAAAACGGACAUUGUACAGCUAAAGGAAGCCUACAAAUGGAUUAUCCAUCCUCUGCUAUCGGAUCAACUGGGGAUUCAAGCAGAUAGCAAGAGUUUGUUUGAAGUAGCCGUAGUCUUCACUCACCCUGAAACUGAUGGAGAUUGUCACUUCUUAGCCACAGUCUGUCGAGAUUGUUUCAAACCUACUAAGAAUAAACAGUCAGUUUUCACCAGAAUGGCAGUUGUGAAGGCGCUAGAGAAGAUAAAAGAAGAAGAUUUCCGUGUCCAGUUUCCAUUCCCUCCAAGUUCUCCAGAGACUACCUGUGAAGUUGUGGAUAUCCAGUGCAACCAUUCUCCCGUUUUUGUUGCUGGUAGGUAUAACAAAUACUCAAGGAAUUUACCGCAAACCCCUUGGAUUAUUGAUGGAGAAAGGAAAAUAGAAUCAUCUGUAGAAGAGCUGAUAACAGAUCAUCUGGUGGCAGCAUUUAGAUCGUCCAGUUUCAACUUUUCAUCGUCUGGAAGGGAAGAUGUGGACGUCAGAACAUUAGGCAAAGGAAGACCAUUUGCAAUAGAGCUUCUAAACCCUCACAAAGUCCAGUUCACGGGGCAGGAGAUAAAGGCACUGCAGCAGAAAAUAAAUACCUCCGACAAAAUCAAAGUACGAGAUUUGCAGAUUGUGUCCAGGGAGGCUGUGGCACAUAUGAAGGAAGGAGAAGAGGAAAAAACUAAAUGUUAUUGUGCUCUAAUAUGGAUUGAGAAAAUGGUCCGAAAUGAAGAUCUUCAACUGCUUGAUGGAUUGGAGGAGCUGACGAUUGCUCAGAAAACCCCUCUUCGUGUCCUUCACCGCAGGCCACUUGCUUCAAGGUCACGUACAAUCCACACCAUGAGAACCGAGUAUGUGGAUGAACAUCACUUCCGGCUCUAUUUAAAGACCCAAGCAGGAACUUACAUUAAAGAAUUUGUCCAUGGAGAUUUUGGAAGAACAAAACCAAACGUAGGAUCUAUAAUGGAAACCAAUGCGGAUAUUUUGGAACUGGACGUGGAGUCUGUUGAUGUCGAUUGGCCUCCUUCCCUGGACGACUGACGUCUGAGACGUGGAAUCCAUUGUUAGAAGAUUUCUCCACAAUGAUUGUUCUUAUUAACCAGAGACAUUGGAUCAUGUUCAUCUGUCGCUCACAUUUAUAUUCAUCAACCAUUGUGUCAAGAAUAAACACACAGGCUCUGGUUAUUAGAAAUAUACACAAUCCCAUUCCAUUGUCUGUCCUCGGUCGCUGCUCACAAUUCUAUAACCAGCCAUUCAUUUUGCUUCAAAAACUCCCUAAACCUCAAUAGAAAGGCUGUGAUGUGAAAAAUAAUAAACAAUAAUACUUUUUU